GGCAUGCGUCCGUCGAAAGACUGUCGUAUUGCAAUGAUGACGUGCUGAUGGUUGGGCGCCGUUUAGUCUACCUUUGUCUGCCAUACCGAUUUAGCCUUUGCGGUCCCGGAGUUUGGUGUGAGGGGACAGGUGGCUGCACCAACGGCUGCUCUCCCACCCCCCACAGCCACCGCUGACUACAGCGAUAUUCUGAGCUCCGUGAUCUGGCAUAAGAGAGGUUACGGCGCUAUAAGAGUGUGAGACCACGGCUGUUAGAGCACCUGCAUACGCUCCUUCAUCUUACAGGCUGCCCACAGCACGAAAAACAGCAUCCGAGUACACAAAGCCCGCGGAGCAACAAUAUCAACAGCAGCUUUUCAGCAGCAUUGCACACCUCGACAGUACGCACAAUAUGGCCCAAAUUAGAGGCACGGCAGGAUAUCAGCUAGGCAAUUCGAAUGCCUUUGGCGCUGGUCCGUCACAGAACGCAGCCACCAACGACCCGUCACCGCUCGAUGCGAUCCGUGAGCAAACGAGCAAGAUCGAGGAGUGGCUGGACACCAUCAGCGAGCCCGUGAGGCCAUAUCUACCCACGAUAGGACGCUUCUUGAUCGUAGUCACGUUUCUGGAAGAUGCAUUGCGGAUCAUGACACAAUGGAAUGACCAACUGGUGUAUUUGCAUGAUUAUAGGCAUAUCCCUCGAGGCAUCACACACCUCUUCCUCCUCCUCAAUGUCGCCGCCAUGACCGCUUCCUCCUUCCUUGUCAUCAUCCGCCGCUACAGCGAGUAUGCAGUAGGCGGCCUCAUCGCGGUCGUCGUCACGCAAGCACUAGGUUACGGCCUCAUCUUCGACCUGAACUUCUUCCUGCGCAAUCUCAGCGUCAUGGGCGGGCUGCUUAUGGUGCUGUCUGACAGCUGGGUGCGGAAACGCUUCGCGCCGGCUGGGCUGCCGCAGAUUGACGAGAAGGACCGGAAGAUGUACUUCCAGCUUGCUGGACGCGUCUUGCUGAUCUUGCUAUUCGCGGGCUUUGUAUUCGCUGGUCAAUGGAGUGUGGGUAGGGUAAUGGUCAUUGCGGUCGGAGCGGUUGCGUGCGUAAUGGUGGUGGUGGGGUUCAAGGCGAAGUGGAGUGCUAUUGUGCUGGUGAUGAUCCUGAGUGUGUUCAACAUCUUAGUGAACAACUUCUGGACGCUCCAUAAGAACCAUCCGCAUAAGGACUUUGCGAAGUACGACUUCUUCCAGAUCCUGUCGAUUGUGGGCGGACUGCUGUUACUGGUCAAUAUGGGCCCCGGACAAGUUAGCUUUGACGAGAAGAAGAAGGUGUACUAGAUUCAACGAGUGGGAGCUCGUCUUUGAACUUGGACGAAUCCAACCUAGUCACAGAGAAAAUGCGCGUCCUGCCAUGAGAGGCACAGCUCAUCCGUCCU